AUGGUGGCGUACGAGAGAGGAGGUGGAGGCAGUGGCUUAGUCGUCGGGAGAAGAAAGGAGAAGAGGCGGCAACAUCCUCGCUUAAGUUCGUGCGGCGACGGUUGCCGGAGAAAGAGAAGGAAGGGAGUGGUCCGCGUCCGGCGUAGGCGAGGCGCGCAUGAGAAGGAGGAAGAAGAUCCUCCCCCUGGCGGCGGAAGUAGAAACGCGAGGAGGAGAAGGGGAGUCGUGGCCGACGUUGAGAGGAGAGAUGGCGACACGGUGAGGAGAGGGAGAGGAGACGAGGUGAGGGUCGGCGUUGGCUCCGGCGAAAGUGUCGCGAGGGGAAGGUCGAAGAAACACGAGAGAGGAGGUGGAGGCAGUGUCUUAGUCGUCGGGAGAAGAAAGGAGAAGAGGUGGCUGCAUCCUCGCCUGAGUUCGUGCGGCGACGGUGGCCGGAGAAAGAGAAGGAAGGGAGUGGUCCGCCUCUGGCAUAGGCGAGGCGCGCAUGAGGAGGAAGAAGAUCCUCCCCCUGGUGGCGGAAGCAGAAACGCGAGGAGGAGAAGGGGAGUCAUGGCCGGCGUUGAGAGGAGAGAUGGCGACACGGUGAGGAGAGGGAGAGGAGACGAGGUGAGGGUCGGCGUCGGCUCCGGCGAUAGCAUCGUGAGGGGAAGGUCGAAGAAACAGGUGGGCGGCGGCGCCUCCACGAACGAAAAAACCUCCCUGCAUGCUACAGUAUCCCUUCUCUUAAAACCCUACAUAUCGCUUUUACCAAAUUACCAAAUUACCCUACCACGGUGA